GCAAACAUGGCGGCCGUGUUGCUUCUGCUGCGCGCCCUCCGCCAGGGUCCGGGCCCGGGUCCGGGUCCCGGGCGGCUGCGGGGUCCCUGUUCGGGCUGGAGCCCAGGCCUCUACGCCGGAGCCGAGAGGAGGAGGCCGUACUUCGCCCACAGGCCUCCGACGGGACUCGUCGGGGCUGGAGGCCAAGCCCUGCAGAGUUUGCAGUUGCGACUGUUAAGCCCUACCUUGGAAGGGAUCACUGGAUUAUUGUUGAAACAGCAUCUUGCUCGGAGUCCAGUCAGACUCUGGAAACGUCUAGGUGGGACUUACUACUUUAACACUUCAAGGAUGAAGCAGAAGACUAAGGGCAGUGAUAAACCCAAGGGGAGGACCACUGAAGAUGACGAAGAGGAGAGGAGGCGUAGGGAACGGGAGGACCAGAUGUACCGUGAGCGGCUGCGCACCCUGUUUGUCAUCGCUGUGGUCAUGAGCCUGCUCAACGCACUCAGCACCGGCGGGGGCAGCAUUUCCUGGACUGACUUCGUCAACGAGAUGCUGGCCAAGGGCGAGGUGCAGCGGGUCCAGGUGGUGCCUGAGAGUGACGUGGUGGAGGUCUACCUGCACCCUGGCGCCGUGGUGUUCGGGCGGCCUCGGCUGGCCUUGAUGUACCGGAUGCAGGUGGCCAACAUCGAUAAGUUUGAAGAGAAGCUUCGAGCAGCUGAAGAUGAGCUGAACAUUGAAAGCAAGGACAGGAUCCCGGUUUCCUAUAAGCGUACAGGGUUCUUUGGAAAUGCGCUCUAUGCCUUGGGGAUGACGGCAGUGGGCCUGGCCAUCCUGUGGUAUGUCUUCCGUCUGGCUGGAAUGACAGGACGGGAAGGCGGAUUCAGCGCUUUCAAUCAACUCAAAAUGGCUCGUUUCACGAUUGUGGAUGGCAAGAUGGGGAAAGGAGUCAGCUUCAAAGAUGUAGCAGGAAUGCAUGAAGCCAAACUGGAAGUGGUGGAGUUCGUGGAUUACCUGAAGAGCCCGGAGCGCUUCCUUCAGCUGGGCGCCAAAGUUCCGAAGGGUGCGCUGUUGCUUGGCCCCCCUGGCUGUGGGAAGACGCUGCUCGCCAAGGCUGUGGCGACUGAGGCUCAGGUGCCCUUCCUGGCGAUGGCGGGCUCGGAGUUUGUGGAGGUCAUCGGAGGCCUCGGCGCAGCCCGCGUGCGGAGCCUUUUCAAGGAAGCCCGGGCCCGGGCCCCCUGCAUUGUGUACAUUGAUGAGAUUGACGCUGUGGGCAAGAAGCGCUCUGCCAGCGUGUCCGGCUUCUCCAACACGGAGGAGGAGCAGACUCUCAACCAGCUUCUGGUGGAGAUGGAUGGAAUGGGCACUACCGACCAUGUCAUUGUCCUGGCGUCCACCAACCGGGCUGACAUUUUGGACGGCGCUCUGCUGAGGCCAGGCCGGCUGGACCGACACGUCUUCAUUGACCUGCCCACACUACAGGAGAGGCGGGAGAUUUUCGAGCAGCACCUGAAGAGCCUGAAGCUGACUCAGGCCAGCAGCUUUUACUCCCAGCGCCUGGCGGAGCUGACCCCGGGCUUCAGUGGGGCUGACAUUGCCAACAUCUGUAACGAGGCUGCGCUGCACGCUGCCCGGGAAGGGCACUCGUCCAUCCACACGUUUAACUUCGAGUAUGCCGUGGAGCGUGUCAUUGCCGGGGCUGCCAGGAAGAGCAGGGUCCUCUCAAGGGAAGAGCAGAAGGUGGUGGCAUUUCACGAGUCAGGCCAUGCUUUGGUCGGCUGGCUGCUGGAGCACACGGAGGCUGUGAUGAAGGUCUCCAUCACGCCACGGACAAAUGCCGCGCUGGGCUUCGCUCAGAUGCUGCCACGAGACCAACACCUCUUCACCAGGGAGCAGCUGUUCGAGCGGAUGUGCAUGGCCCUGGGUGGCCGUGCGUCUGAGAGCAUCUCCUUCAACAGAGUCACCUCUGGGGCGCAGGAUGACCUGAAGAAGGUCACACGCAUUGCCUACUCCAUGGUGAGGCAGUUUGGGAUGGCGCCGCGCAUCGGGCCCAUCUCCUUUCCCGAGGCCCAGGAGGGCCUCACGGGCUUCGGACGGCGCCCCUUCAGCCAGGGCCUCCAGCAGAUGAUGGAUCACGAGGCGAAGCUGCUGGUGGCAAAGGCCUACAGGCACACCGAGCAGGUGCUACAGGCCAACCUGGACAAGCUGCAGGCGUUGGCAAAUGCCCUGCUGGAAAAGGAAGUGAUAAACUACGAGGACAUCGAGGCCCUCAUCGGCCCGCCCCCUCACGGGCCCAAGAAGAUGAUUGCGCCUCAACGGUGGAGCAGCGCCCAGUCGGAGCAGGAUGCGGUGGAGGAGGCGCCUCAGCAGACCCCCCUCUGAGAGACAAGGUGCCCUGGCCCAAAUAGCUGGACCCCCUUGAUGGGCCUGGCUGUGCCACAAGCUCCUCUCGGCCUAGACUUUGAUCUCCCCUUGGCCCAGUUUCUGCUGGAGGGCUGUGGUUGCCAUGCCCGUUUCCCUCCGUGAUCACUAAAUGUCUUGGCAGAGGUGAAUCCAGUGCCCGGUGGCAGGGCAGCUCUCAGCUCAGGCCCAGGCCACGGUCCUCGGUUGCAGUUGGGCCCAGGGGCAAUGCAGCUGUCUGUGCACCUGUUCUUGCCCGGAGCUUGUGUAUGCAGGCUCUUCCCCGCACUCAUGAUGGGUUGGAAUGCAGUGGGAUAGCAAUGAGUGGGCCCCUCAGUCAGUCUCUCGCUUGUCUUGUGCUGGGCGCUGACCUCAAGCUCAUUAAUGGGUUACAGUUGGGGGUGCUCACUGGGCUUGAGGAUUCUAACACCUCUAUCUGCUGCCUGUGGGCGGGUUCAUGAGGAGACUUCUUGCUACUCUCAUUGUGCUGUGUGGGGGAAGUGUGGAACCUUCUAGUAAGUUCUGUGGGUGGAGAGUCCCAUCUCUGCACCAUGGGGCCAGCUGUAGCCCAGAUGACCCAUUGGGUUUGCAGUUCAUAGUGUCAACCAUGCCAUGACCAAGUGAAGAGUCCCUUUGUGGGACUGGGGGACACAGCUAGGAUACCCUGUCUCUGCAAUUCAGGCUGCAUGCACUGGGCUCCCCUAAUCCCAGGGGGGUGUAGCAUGCACUCAGGUGUUCCUGCUGCCUGGUUGCCUGGGGCCAGGGGUUAUGGGACCUCCUGCAGAAUGGGUGGCCCUGUCAUUGUCCCUCCCACUCCAUGCCCUGAGGGCAGGCAGCUCUGCUGGUGCUGGGUUUGUGAGAAGACUGCCUUUGUUCCAGUUCUCUAAAUUCAUUUCCAGAGGUGGGCACAGAGUGAGGAAGGUCCCAGCUGGUAUCUGCACAAGGGCCACAAUUGCUGUAACACCUGAUGGUGGAUAAACACCCCUUUGUACUGUACCCAUUAAAAUGCCAGCUCUCUA